GGUUUAUCUUAUCACUUCUGUUUUGAACUUCAUUACACUGUGCCAUAAGUAGGUUUGCCACAUGAUUAAAAUUGAAUUGUCUAUUUGACUGAAUGUGUCACAAUGGAUUGUGGUGAAGCAACUAAUCAGAAAAAAAUAGCACUAAUUACUGGUAUUACUGGUCAGGAUGGUUCGUAUUUAGCAGAGUUUCUGAUAAGCAAAGGAUAUUUCGUUCAUGGGAUUAUUCGUCGUUCCAGUUCAUUUAACACUGGAAGACUUGAACAUUUAUAUUCAAAGCCAGCUGCUCAUCAUGGUGGUCAGAUAAAAUUACACUAUGGGGAUAUGACUGAUAGCAGUAGUUUAGUAAAAAUAAUAAGUGAAGUAAAACCAGCAGAGAUAUAUAAUCUAGCUGCACAAACUCAUGUUAAAGUCUCAUUUGAUUUGAGUGAAUAUACAGCUGAAGUAGAUGGAGUUGGAACAUUGAGACUUUUAGAUGCUAUAAAAACAUGUGGUAUGGAGAAAAAAGUUAAAUUUUACCAAGCAUCAACUUCAGAAUUGUAUGGCAAAGUUCAAGAAAUACCACAAAAAGAAACUACUCCUUUUUAUCCAAGAUCGCCAUAUGCUUGUGCUAAGCUUUAUGCAUUCUGGGUAGUAAUCAACUAUAGGGAAGCAUAUGGCAUGUUUGCCUGCAAUGGAAUACUUUUUAAUCAUGAAAGUCCAAGAAGAGGAGAAAACUUUGUGACGCGAAAGAUAACCCGAUCAGUAGCAAAAAUAUCAUUAGGGUUACUUGAUUAUUUUGAACUGGGAAAUUUGGAUUCAAAAAGAGAUUGGGGGCAUGCUAAAGAUUAUGUUGAGGCCAUGUGGUUAAUGCUGCAGUAUGAAAAACCAGAUGAUUUUGUUGUUGCGACCGGUGAAGCUCAUAGUGUUCGCGAAUUUGUUGAAGAAUCAUUUCGGUAUAUUGGAGUAGAAAUAAUUUGGGAAGGGAGUGGUUUAAACGAAGUUGGAAAGGAAAAAGAAUCAGGAAUUAUUAGGGUAAAAGUGAACCCUAAAUAUUUCCGCCCAACUGAAGUGGAAUCGUUAUUGGGUGACUCAACUAAAGUGAGAGAAACUUUAGGCUGGAAGCCAAGGCUCAAUUUCCAGGAACUUGUGAAAGAUAUGAUGAAAGCUGAUAUUAAAUUAAUGACAGCAAAUCCUAAUGCUUAAGUGAAAGGCAUGAAAGUGUGAGUUCUCUAAAUCUUUAGGAAGUAUAUAUGGAAACUGAUAGUUUCCCUUUAUCAAAAUAUGCCAUAUUUAAGAAUGAAACAAAUGUUUAAAAUAUUACUGACAUCACAUUAAGUUGUUGAUCUCAGUUCUAGUGAUUAUUAUUACUGAUGCACAGAAGAAUGUUACAAUUAAUGCUGCAUUGAUAUCUCUUCAGCCUGGCUAAGGCAAUUUGGCUCCGGGUAUGGAUUUGAUCUUUAUAAAUUGUAGCAGUAUGUUGGCCCCAGAUGUAUGAAUAAUUUCAGAAGUUUCUUGUAAAAAAAUAAUGUUCAAAAGUUACUACUCAGGCCUGUUAAAAUCUUUGUUGUAUUUAAUUCUUUUUAUUAUUUAUACCUUCCAUUAGCCACUUCCCUUUUUUGUAACAAAAAUAAGUCAUAUGCCAUGUGAUUAGUGCUCUUUUAAUUCUCCCUAUUGAGUUAUGCAUUAUAGGUUGUUAACUUUGUUUCUACCUUUUCACACCUCUUUGGCAAAGAGGUGUGAAAAGAUAUUUAGAAUAAAG